GGCAGCCCCGUUCCUCGACUUUUGUUUUCGCGCAAUUUUUAGCAAACAAUUUCAGAAAUGUCGCUUAAAAAGGCUCUCGACGAUUGCAUGAUCGAUUUCGACCGCUGUGUGCUGGUCACCGACCUCCUGGAGGAGUACAAGCUGUCCUACAAGGAGGUGAACGAUGUGCUGGAGGCCUACCUCAAAAGCCAGGAACCUGCCACUAAAUUCGAGAAGAGGUUUUUGGUGCAUGGCAAGAAGAAAACCCAAGGAUCCGCUGCUGGCGAGGAUCUGUACUCCGUGGUGCUCGAGAGCAAGCUGAAGGAUUGGCUGGCCAAGGUCCAGGAUGCGGAGUCGCAGCUUUAUAGUGUGAAAAUCGCCGGGGGCACCAAAUCGCCGGCUGCGUCUUUUAAGCCCAUGCAGCACUUGGAGGUCAAGUUGGCCAAGGUGGAGCAGCGUCCAGGAGUGGGAAAGCCAGUUCCCAAUGGCGUCCCCGCCACCAAUGGAGUUAAGAGUGAUCCCUACAAGUCGCAGGGCAUCAAGUCAGAGGCCUCCAAGUCUUCCGUAAAGGUGGAACCAUCCAAAUCCUUCCUAAAAACAGAGACAGAUGCCGAUAAACCACCAGUUGGCAAGGGAAAACCCUCUCCGGAAACCAAGAAGACAUCGCCCAAGGAGCAGGUCUCCAAAGCCAAGCCUGCAGCUGCCAAAAAAGGCAGCAUCAACAGCUUCUUUACAGCGGCGGCCAGCAAACCCAAGGAUGUCAAGGCCACGCCCAGCAAAUCAGCUGCCGGCACCAUGGAUAACUUCUUCAAGAAGCAGCCACCAGGAGCCCAGAAGUCGCCAGCCGAAAAGGAAAAAGAAACCAAGAAAGCUGUACCCACUCCAGCCAAAAAGGAACCAUCAAAGAAGAAGUCCCCCAGUCCCACUAAAAAGACUUCGGCGGCCAACACCUCUGUCCAACUGUUCGACGAGGAGAGCGCCGAAUCCUCCGACGAGGAGGAGAAGCUAGACAAACUGCGGCGCAAGGUGAUUGGCUCCGACAACGAAUCCGAUGUGGAGAAGCCUUCGACCUCCAAGCGGCGACGCAUCAGCGAUUCCGAGGACGAGGAGCAGCCGCCCAAGAAGGCCGCCGAACAAGAAGUAAUCGCAGUGGAUGAGGAAAUGGACACGGAGCCAGCCAACGAAACGUAUCUGGACGAAGAUGGUUUCGUCAUCACGCAGAGGAAACCGGUCAAGGCCCAACCCGCCAAGAAAAAGGUUUCCCCCAAGGCCGCAGCCCCUGCCAGCAAAAAGAAGUCGCCGCCUUCAGCCGGAAAGGCUGGAAAAGAUGGGCCCAAAACCAAGCAAGCCGGCAUCAUGAGCUUCUUUUCCAAGAAGUAGUCAAUAGCAUGAAAGAGUUGUUCUAAAGAUUAAGCACUAGGAAAGAAACUAUUUUUGUUUUUAAUAAAUUUAUUUAUGCCUAUGAAAAUGUUAAUUG